UCUUUGCUUCUGAACCUUCAUCAUCAUCAUCAUAAUCAUCUAAAAUCUUAUGAUUUUUUUCCGUUAAUCAUCUUCUCUCUUUCUCUUCUUUCUCCUUUCAUCACACUCUUUCUUCAUAUGUCUCUCUGUCUCUCUUUCUUUUCUUCCCUCGUUUAGUGUUGUUGUUUCUCUCCUCUCUCUCUCUCUCUUCUUUCUCUCUCUUGUCAACUGUCUUUUAUUUUCGCCAAAUGAUCAAAAUGCGGCAAUGCAGUGCAUGCAAUAAGCCAAUCGCAGACAAAUAUUUGUUCCAGAUUGACAAGGAUGAUCGAUUUUUCCAUUGGAGUUGUUUAAGAUGCAGACAAUGUGGUAACAUUUUGACCAAUUUCUGUCACAUUAAAAAUGGAAACAUUCUCUGUAAAGAGGAUUACCUGAAAUUCCAUGGAGCCGGGAAUUCUUACUCAUGUCAAGGUUGUUAUCAAGUAAUAGACAAUGUUAAGGAUUGGGUAAUUAAGAUACCAUCACCAUCACAAAGCAACAAUCAUAAUAAAUCACCAUCUAAUAACAUCAACCCUUCAAACCCAUCGAAUGCAACAUCAUAUACAUUAUAUCAUGCAAAGUGUAUUCAAUGUUUUUAUUGUAAGAGAACGCUCAAUCCAGGGGAUAAAUAUGUACUUAACAAGAUGAAUCAAACCUUAGUUUGUACUUCAUCUCCUUGUAUAUCUCAUUAUACAUCAAACUGUUCAUCGGCGGUUCCUUCACCCUACGCACCAUCCAUGUCUCCAUCUCCACUUCAACAACCAGCCUCCACUCACCAUCAGCAAACCAAAAUGUCAGUGCCUAGUGUUCGAGGUCGGCGAGGUCGUGGCGGUGGAAUGUACAAGAAAUUUUAAUUUAAUCAACAAUUAAGACUAAAAAGCUCACCCCCCACACGGAGAGAAUGCGAUCGAAAACAACAACAAACAAACAAAAAGCAACUUAAACAAAAAUCUCAAAUUCUUUUCACAAAACAUUUACCAUCAUCGAUAUUUAAACCGCAAAUUAAUUAACUUGACCAAAAUUGUGAGAUUUUCUUCACCCAAUAAUCAAUCUUUAAAUCAACUAAUAGAUUGGAUUAACAAAAUUGUUAUAUUUUAAUUCUUAUUCCACCAAGAAUAAUCAAUAUAUUCGGAAUGUAUGUUUAUGGCCAUCAACUUGAAGAAAAACAAAAAAAAAAUAUCACAGGAAACAAAUUGAAAAACGAUUAACCCUUCAAAUCUUUGGAUUUAAUAAUUGUUCCAAUCAAUUUAAAGAUUAAUCAAUUUGAGUUAAAAAGAAAACCAUUUUCUUUUUAACGAAGGGAAAUCAACAAAAAAAAAAUUAAUUAUUUCGUAAAAGAAUAAAAUGUAAAUAUCAA